CUCUUCCCCCAUCCCAGGGGCUUUUCACAAUCUCUCCGACUCUGUCUCUCUCUGCAGAUAAAAGAAGAAGAAGAAGAAGAAGAAAUGGGAAGAGCUCUUGUUUUGGCUAUCCUGGCUCUUGUUCUGGUAUUUGUCACGCCUUAUGUUGAGGCCCAAUCUAUGGCUCCUGCUCCGGCUCCUGCCAGCGAUGGAACUUCGAUUGACCAGGGAAUUGCAUAUUUGCUGAUGAUUGUUGCGUUGGUGCUUACAUAUCUCAUCCACCCACUCGAUGCAUCUUCCUACCAUUUCUUUUAGAAUUUUAUAGAUUAUUAUUAUAGCACACCACUUGGUGUUGAAUUUGAGUUUAGAGUAGCAGAGCAAUGCAGAUAUUGUUUGAA